AUAACAUUAAUAAUUGCCAUGGCAAACGCAUGAGUGCACGGUCGACAUGUACACUCAAGCGCUGCCAAGGUAGGUACAGACAGUGUUGCAAGUACAUACAUAAUACCUGUAUGUAUGACUAAAGAUGGUUGGUCUCUCUCACUUGGGCCAGGCAAUCGAGGUUGCAUUUGCCCCAAGGGAAAGAACUUGCCCAGUGGGACAUUCAGCGGAGCGAAACCGGCAACGUCAUCGACCAAGCUGCCACAGAUUAGUGCUGCGAAGACUAGGAAAGCGCAUGUCAAGCCAGCUACAAAUCCGUCCAAGAAGCAGUCGUGUCAGCCUCGCAGUGUACAUAACGACAACGAGCAACUCAGGACAACACCUCCUCCCCCCGAAUCAGGUGUGUCGUUAGCCGAGCCCCGCUCACCGCCACUCGCUGCACUGGAGCCACCCGUGACCGAGACCUCCAAACAGCAAGAUGGCAAGGUACUUGUUCGCUACAACCACUACACCAAAGAGUUUGCCAUAUCCGGAGGCAGCACCACCGCGCAAGCCAUUGACGGCCAGUACUUUCUCUCUGGGGUGUUCCCCAACAGCACUUUGCACUUGAGUCGAUUCAGUCCGUCCGACUUUUCCUUUGAAGCCCAAGGGUUAACCGAUCGGCCCAUGGUUCACGAAGCGCCCUUGGGAGUGUACCAAGACCUGGAGGUCGGGGCCACGUACUGGAUCCACAUUGAAGAAGACGCGGCCGAGCGUGCAGCGUAUGAGAAGCGGCAGGCCGAGUUUUCUGCGGGGAAGGCGAAGGAUCGGGUGGAGAAAGAGGAGCGGCAACGGAUGACUCUCGUGCGGGAAAAGGUCGAGUCCUGUUCGUGUGUUGAAGGCAAUCCGUGUGUGGACAAGUACUGCUGCAAAGACUGGGACCAUCGGCACGCCGUCGCUACGAAACAUGGAUGGAAAGGGUUUCAGUAACAAGAACGUGUUGGUUCCAAAUAGCAUGUCAGUGUCUUAGCUACUCAGAGUAUUUCAAACU